ACCCUCUCUUCGUUCUCGCUCAUGCCUAUGGUAUUCUAGUAUACUUCGAGAAACACCUAUCUUUGUUUCUCUCUUUUCUGCGCUUAUCCUGAGAGGGAUUGGUUCACCUCGACGCUUUCUUUUUCCUUUCCUCUACUACUGCAACAGUACGCGGUCCGUAAAACACUAACCAUGGGACAGCAGAGACGAGGAUGGAUGCUUUACGGGACAGUUUUUCUCGGACUGGUUGUGUCGGUUCAUACGAUAAUCAAGGGAGAGUUAUUUUCAUUCGGAGACACCACUGGAGACCAACUUCUGGAACCGGGGAACGACCGGUCUCGGCGACUGGCGCUGGACAAGCCCAUUCUAUUCUACGAUGGAAAGUUCAAUAAUAUAUAUAUCAACACCAACGGGUUUGUUGCAAUGGCAGAGCCCAGCGCUGAGUCCACUUACCUUGGCAAGAUGCCGGUUGAGUUUGGCAUGAUCGCGGCCCUACACGGAGAUCUAGAUACCAGUGACGGUGUGGGUAAGGUUUACUACCGGCAGGAUGCCAGUCCGGCCAUCCUGCAACAGGCUGCCAACCACAUCAACCGGGCCUUCCCCGAGGAGGAUGAGGUGGAGCCGGAACACACUGUGGUGGUCACCUGGGUGGGGGUUACUUCCAGCCAAAACCAUGACAACAGCAGAGUGGACAGCCUGGCAAAACAGAGAAACAGCUUCCAGUUGGUGAUAGCAUCAACAGUGACGGCUUCAUACGCCAUCCUCCUCUAUCCCAGGGAGCAGCUGCAGUUUGCCUCCACAGUAUCUGGGGGCCGUAGUCUAGCCUUACAUGUUGGCUUCAGUAAGGGGCUGUCCACGUACCGGUUGUUCACUAGACAAGGACCAUACUACCGCAUCACUACUGAAGAUGAGAGCUCUGUCAGGGAGCUAGCAGAGGGUACCAAUUCUGGUAAACAAGGUGUGUGGGUGUUUCAGAUCGGGAAUCCAUUUUUCACCUCUGUGGUGCCAGGAACGGUGAAGAACCUGCCUAUGGACACAGACCACAGAUCAAGGGUCCUAGACCAAGCUACCCCAGAGAGGUACCCAGAAGAAGGGCAACAGGUGAACUAUCCUCCAUAUGAGCCAGAUGAGGAGGUGUACGAUGAGGGCAACCCUCACCAAGGCCCAUCCCACAGGGUUCAGUAUCAGCCCCAGAACCCUCAGGUGGUGGUGGUUGAUGAUGGAGACAUUAAUGUCAAUGUGUUCACUUACAACUCUGAGACGUGCGCCAACAACAGGAACAGGUGUUCCACCUUCGCUGAUUGUCGUGACUAUACAAGCGGUUACUGUUGCCACUGCCGCCCUGGCUACUAUGGCAACGGAAUACAGUGUCUGUCAGAGGGUAAACCCCAGAGGAUGAACGGCAAGGUCAAUGGCAGGGUGUAUGUGGGCAACUCUCCAACUCCAGUGGAUUUCAACAACAACGACCUGCAUUCCUAUGUGGUAGCCAAUGACGGACGAGCAUAUGUGGCCAUCAGCACCAUCCCAGACAACUUAGGCCCCUCCCUCCAGCCUCUGUCAGCCAUGGGCGGAGUCAUCGGCUGGGCCUUUGCCCUGGAACAGCCUGGAUACAAGAAUGGAUUCAGCCUCAUCGGAGGUGAGUUCACACGGAAGGCCGAGGUGACCUUCCUGCCAGGCCAAGAGAAGCUGACCAUCAACCAGGUGUUCAGUGGGAUUGAUGAACAUGACCACCUGGUGGUCAGCACAACCCUGGACGGACGCGUCCCAGAAAUCCCCCGAGGCGCCACUGUACAGAUAGAAUCUUACUCUGAGAUCUACCAUUACAACUCCAACUUGAUCACGUCAUCCUCCACACGAGACUACAUCGUGAGUCUGGCGGACGGUUCUACAGUCACUAAGACCUACCAGUGGAGACAGAGCAUCUCCUUCCAGAGCUGUCCCCACGAAGAGGCCUCCAGGGCCAUACUACCUACACAGAUGCUCAGUGUGGACCAGGUGUUUGUCAUGUACGACUCGGACAACCAGCUUAUCCGAUACGCCAUGAGCAACAAGAUCGGUGAUGUCAACGGAGGCCAGCAGGAGGAGGAGAACGCCUGUUUCACUGGACGACACGGCUGUGACACCAAUGCUCUGUGCAGGCCGCAACAGGGAGCACAUUUUACCUGCGAGUGUCACGCUGGCUUUACUGGAGACGGACGCAAUUGUUAUGACAUUGAUGAGUGCCGGGAGAGUCCUCAUGUGUGUGGACACCACUCAGUGUGCAACAACCAGCCCGGAAGCUUCCGCUGUGAGUGUGACACUGGAUACCAGUUUGCCAGUGACGGGCAGACCUGUACAGAAGUGGGGCGACCAGUGGACCACUGCGCAGCCGGCAGCCAUGACUGUGACCUCCCUCAUCGGGCUCACUGCAGCUACAGCGGAGGCUCCUCCUACACCUGCACUUGUCUGACCGGUUUUCAGGGAGACGGACGAGUCUGCCAAGAUGUAGAUGAAUGCCAGUCAAACAGGUGUCACCAGGAAGCUGUGUGUUCUAAUACCGAGGGUUCCUUCACCUGCCGGUGCCGGCCAGGUUACUAUGGUGAUGGAUCCUACUGCUCCUCCGAGCGUACAAAGACACAGUGUGAGACCCACAGGGACCGUCUUCUGGGCCCCCAGAGGCCCCGGCCAGUGCCUGUCGGUCAGUAUGUGCCGACCUGUGACAGCCAGGGGGCUUAUGAGGCCACACAGUGUCAUGGCUCCAUUGGGCAGUGCUGGUGUGUUGACCGCAGUGGACAGGAGAUCCCAGGGACCCGGGCCGAGAUCAGCAACAGACCUCUGUGUAUAGAACAGGAGGUGGUUCGUCCCCCUGUAGGACCUACUCCCAGACCUGAUGUCCACCCACUUCCCCCUGGCACAAACCUCCUUUUUGCUCAGAGUGGACGGAUCGAAUUUGUCCCACUGGAAAGCUAUGACAUGAAGAAGACCAAGGCAAAGACUGUCUUGCAUCUACCCGAGAAGGUAAUCAUCGGUGUGGCAUAUGACUGCGUGGAGAAGAUGGUGUACUGGACAGACAUCACAUCUCCCUCCAUCAGCAAGGCCAAUCUGCAGGGAGGGGAACCCGUUCCUGUCAUCACAUCAGACCUGGAGAGCCCAGAAGGAAUCGCUGUAGACCACCUGGGUCGGACCGUGUUCUGGACAGAUUCCAUGAAGGACCGCAUUGAGAUGGCCACUCUGGAUGGGGCUCAACGACGUGUCCUCGUCGACACAGAUCUGGUCAACCCUCGAGCCAUCAUCGUAGACCCUGUCCGUGGGGUCAUGUACUGGGCUGACUGGAACCGUGAAGCUCCUAAGAUUGAAACUGCUGCCAUGGAUGGAACCAAUAGGAAGGUUCUGGUUCAGAAUGGCCUGGGUCUUCCUAAUGGGCUCACCUAUGACUCCCAGUCCUCUCUCCUGUGCUGGGCUGAUGCAGGAAGCCACAUGAUAGAGUGUAUGGACCCUGUCCAGGGAACCAGGAGGAAGGUGAAGGAGGGGAUCCAGUACCCCUUUGGAAUGACAUCAUAUGGGAAGAACAUCUACUACACUGACUGGUUAAGGGAUGCUGUAGUCGUGGUGGAUAGACAUGCUGCCAAGGAGACAGAUGAAUUCCUGCCUCAGAAGCGGACCAGGGUUUAUGGAAUCACCAUGGCGCACACUCAGUGCCCCUCAGGUCAAAACUACUGCUCGGUUAACAAUGGAGGAUGCACCCAUCUGUGUUUAGCCACUCCCAGUGGUCGCACCUGCCUCUGUCCCAACAAUGCAGUGGGAGUGGGCUGUGUGGAGGGAGACAGGUAUUGAGCAGUGGGAGUGGGCUGUGUGGAGGGAGACAGGUAUUGAGCAGUGGGAGUGGGCUGUGUGGAGGGAGACAGGUAUUGAGCAGUGGGAGUGGGGAAGGUUGAGGGUGCAGGUAUUUAAAAGCAGGAGUGUGCCAGGUUGGGGCCGGAGAGGGGCAGGUGUUAAGAAGCUCAGGGGGGGCAAGUAUUGAGGUGAGACAGACAGGGAAUUGUUAAUAAUUGCCAUAUUCCAGGCUGACUACAUUUGUAAAGACCUGUCCGAUCUCACAAGGUCAUAACAUGCAAUAUAUUAGCUGAACACAUCAUUGAUGUCUUUAAACAAAUAAUUGAACAGUUACAACUGCUACAAUAGCAAACUGAUGUCUGAUUAUGUAGUUGAAGACACGUCCAACCAACCUUUUGUUAAACAAAUCAAUGCCCAUUUUCCCAGGGUAUAAUUGGUGUAAGUCAUACAAUGAAAUGCUUACAUGCAGUUUAACCUCUUAGAAAUGAAGAAAUUAUUAACAGUAUUUCCACAUAUUUGGGGGAAGUGGUAUGUGGAAAGACCAUGCAGUAGAAAGACUGCAAUGUAGUCAGUUUGGAACAUGGCCAGAGUAGUUGAAUAGAACCCAGUCUGGUACUCUGGUGCCCGAUGCAGUAGAUUGUCAAAAUGCCACUGAAACAGAAAAAAUGAACUGCUGUAACUAUUUUCAUCACAAACAGUUUAUAUUUUUUUUUUAUCUCUCAUGUCCUUUAUAAACUCAUACAUUAGUAUUUUGAAUGGUGCUGUUACAAAAUGUCAAGGAAUUUCAAUGAGUCAAUUUGUUAUAUGAUGAUUACUACGAUGUAAAGUGAGCUGUUAUUGGUUAAAAUAAAUCCUGGCUUUUACAAGACUGCC